AUGAAGCCGCCGCCGCCCCAUGUCUCGCCCCGGAGCAUGUGGCUCUCCAAGGUCAUCUUCCGCAUCCUGUCUGCCAUCUUCUCGAUUGUCCUCAUCGGCCUCUCGGCCUACAUUGGCACCAGAUGGGGUGGUGAUUAUUACUACGGCCCACUGGUCAUCAUGCUGCCCCCAGCUUGUGUUGGCCUCAUCUGGGAUCUGGCCGAGAUGGUCGCUGUUCUCGUGCGCGGUGGCCACCGCGGUACGCAUCCCGGGGCCGUCGUCGCCAUGGACCUGCUCCUCUGGCUCGGGUUCAUCGUGGCCGUCGUCUUUUAUGCGCUGUACUACCUGGGCGACAUCUACUACUACGGCAGCUACUGGUUCGAGGACGAGUCCUUAAGCGAGAUUGGCAAAACCAUCAUCAUAAGCCGUGUCAUGAUCGCCUUGGGCAGCAUCGAAGUUGCCAUCCACCUCCUCCUCUUCAUCUUUGGCUGCUACGAGACGAGCAUCCGCAACCGCAGGACGCCGCCUGUCGUGUACAUCCCAGGUCCCAUGGGCUACGGUAUGCCACCGACGAGUCAGCAACCCCAGCACUUCAGCCAGUACGGCGCCCACGCACCGGGCCAGCCCAUCAUGCUGCCUGUCGGCCAGGCGCCUCCCGCUGGCUACGUGGCAUACUCCUACGGACCUCAGGACGGUCGUGCCAGCCAGCAGUACGACGCGUCGACUGUCUCUCCUCCGCCACAGGAGCCGUCGCCCGUCCACACGGCCUACACGCCGGCACAUGGUGACUGGAGGAACUCGUACCAACCGGCCCAGGCGUCGGGUCAGCCCAACGUCGGCGCAUAA